AUGAUCGUCAUAUGGUCAUAUACAAAUGAUGACGUAAUAUACUGGACCCUUAACGAUCACGUUAAUAAUGACGAACAUUUAGAAAGAUUUGAAGUAGAAGGAAAUGCCUUACGGCCCUUACCUACAAUCGGUUUGCCGAUGCUGAAUACAAGAUUCUUCAAUCAAGUAGACACUAUUAUCAAAGAAUUCUUGACUCCUAUAAUGCUCAGAAAGCAAAGAGAGAAGAUGAAUCAAUCUGUAUGUUACGACAUUAACCAAAUUACAGAAUGGCAUCAUUUGAUGGAGGUGGAAACUGAUGAUAAAGAAAUAGAAACAAUUCUUGAAGUAUGGAAUAUACGAGCAACUGACACACAGGGAAUUGGGCAUUAUACAAUUCUGCUUGACAAAGUUGGCACCUACUCUAGAAUUGCCACCUUCCAUAUAAGUAUAAUUCUGAGUCGGUGGUACCUUAAUCCUGAUGUUGAGCUGAGUGAUCUUUUGCAACAAUAUCCCUUUAUUCCAAUAUGUGAUAAGACACAGUCAGAAGAUGAUAUACCAUUUCAAAGUCAUGCUACCUUCCAACAUUUCUUUUCCAUUCGGAUUGAUUCAUAUGGUCCUCAAUCGUCCCAAUCAUCUCAAUUACCUGUAAAAUCUAAAGCCAUAUAUGCAGAAUUAUCUGGAUUAUCGAAGAAGGCUAUUGACUAUGCCACUAAAGCUGAUAUGCAGCAUGAAUUGUUAAAUGUUUUCAAGGCCUUUAUUUAUGACGUACAGGGUAGACUGGAAGUCUUAACCGAUAUUAAUAAUCCUAUCAUUGUCAAGCAUAAAGGACGACCUCCGAAGAGGCUAAUAUCAAAUGUUGAAAAGAACUUACAUAGAGAAAAGCGGGUACUAAAAGAUAUUGUCAAUGUAGUAGAAGAACACUGUAUUUCAAGUCAUAUAGAAGACUCAGCAAGCGGUACAAAAGGUCAGAAAUGUAGCAAGUGUAAGCAAUAUGGACAUUACGUGAAGACAUGUUCAAAUGUUAUUUAG